AAAAUUGAAAAAAAAAAUAAAUUGUGAGUUUUGGCUAAAAUUUGUAGUUAAACAGGAGAUACUGAUGUUUUAAUGUAAUUCGAGCGUUAUUACUAAAUUAUGUAUUCAUUGUCUUCAAAAAUUAAAUCCGCAGAAUCUAUUUGUAAAGAUGCCUGUGAUGAGAAUGAGGAAGCUUUUUUGCCAAAUGUACCAGUUGUUUCCGCAUCAGUAGUUGAUAAUAAGGGAGUUGGAAUGCUUAAAAAUAUAGGAAAUAGUAUAGAAACAAGUUCCUCUGAAGCAUUUUCGGGAGAUAAUGUUAUGGAAGGUUUACAAGAACAAUAUAGUAAUUUACAUAUUUCGGGAUCAGUUUCUCAACGAAAUAAACAUAGAACGAUUAGAGCAUAUGAUUUAUCAUAUAAUGAUUUGUCUGAUCGAAGUAAAAGUGUGAAUUCCCUAGAUUUACAAGAUAACAAGCCAUUUCCUUUAAUUUCGGAUUUUGGCGAUCAGAGAGAAUUAAGAAAUCCUCAACUUAUAUUAACGAAUCAAAGUGGAUCAAAAAUUGAUCCAGAAAAGAUUCCAUCUGUGGUUCAUGUUCAUGAAAUCUCUCAAGAAACCUAUAAACGUAAUAUAUUUUCAGUUACGGAAUCACAUGUUAUUCCAAGUGCAAAUACGGAUUUUAUAACAUUUGAUCAAGGAAUUUCUUCUCUGAAAUUUGUUAGAUUAGUUACUAGGAACAUAGCAGAGACAAAAGAGAUUUCUUCGGCUACUUUUAUACCUAUAUCUAUGGUUGUUCAACCAUUUGCUCCUCAAAAAUCCGAAGAAGCUCCAAUUCCUUUAGUAGAUUAUGGAGAGAUGGGUCCACCAAGAUGUAGAAAAUGUAGAGCUUAUAUUAACCCAUUUAUGAGUUUUAUACAAGGCGGAUCUAAAUUUGUAUGUAAUAUUUGUUCAUUUCCAACCGAUGUUGGUGCAGAAUGGUUUUCUCCUUUAAAUGGUCUUGGAAAGCGACAGGAUUUUGAUCAUAGACCUGAACUUAGUCAUGGGACUGUAGAAUUUUCUGUUCCUAAAGAAUAUCAAACAUGUCCUGUUGAACCAAUCAAAAUGAUUUUUGCUAUUGAUGUCAGUGAAACUGCUAUUCAGAAAGGAAUUCCGAGAGUUGCAGCUAAUGCUAUAAUAAAGGCAUUAUAUGAACCAUCAGAUAGGCCUUUUCCUCCAGGCGCUAAAAUUUGCAUUGUUACUUUUGAUCGUACUUUACAUUUUUAUAAUUUAUCAUCUUCAUUGAAUGAUGCAGAAAUGUUAAUUGUUUCAGAUAUUAAUGAUGCUUUCAUUCCUUUACAUGAGGGUUUAUUUGUUGACGCAUAUGAAUCAAGAAAUAUUAUAGAGAUUGUUUUAAAAUCUAUUGCAGUAAUGUUUGAUAAUUUAAAGGUUCCAGAACCAGCAUUAGGUUUUUUGGUUCAAUCAUCUCUUAUAGCAUUGGAAAAAACAGGAGGAAAAUUAAUUGUUUUUUUGACUGCAUUACCUACAUGGGGACCAGGAAGUCUUAGGUUUAGAGAGGAUUCUAAACUUUAUAAUACAGAUAAUGAAAAACAGUUAUUUACUACACAAAAUGUUUUUUGGGAUAAUCUUGCUAAGAAAUGUGUAAGUUUAGGCAUUGGCGUAGAUUUUUUUCUUUUCCCUGCUUUUUAUAUUGAUAUAAGCACAAUAGGGAUUUUGGCAAGUAUUACUGGUGGUGAAAUAUAUUAUUAUCAAGAUUUUAUAGAAGAGCGGGAUGCAUUUAGAGUAAUUGGAGAAUUCGUUAGAAAUGUUACACGUGAGCAGGCAUAUCAUGUUCAGAUGAAAGUUAGGUGCUCAAAUGGCUUACAAGUUCAACGAUAUAUUGGGAAUUAUAUACAGAAGAGAUCGGAAUUGGAACUUAGUGUUAUUGAUUCAGAAAAAGCGAUUUCUAUUACUUUUACAUAUGAUAGUAAAUUGAAUCCAAAAUCCAAUGCUUACUUUCAAUGUGCAGUAUUAUAUACUACAACAACAGGUCAACGUCGCUUAAGAUGUUAUAAUACAGUUGCAUCUAUAUCAUCAAAUCCAUGUGAUAUUAUUAGAUAUGUAGAUAUAGAUGCAUAUAUUACGAUUCUUGCUAAAAGUGCUCUACUUAAAAUCAUGAAAAAAUCUCUUAAACAAAUAAGAGAUGAAUUAACUGAUAUAUGUAUUAAUAUUUUGGCAUGUUAUCGAAAAAAUCUUUCAUCAUCAAUACCUACUUCUCAGUUGGUUCUUCCAGAAAAUUUAAAAUUGCUUCCCAUAUAUAUAUUAUGUCUAUUAAAAUUGCCUGCAUUAAAAAAUGGAAAUAUUCAAAGCGAUUUACGAAUGCAAAAUGCUCAGUAUAUAUUAACAGUAGGUGUUCGUGAACUUAUUUCUUUUAUAUAUCCCCGAGUUUUUCCAUUACAUAAUUUAUCAGAUGAAAUGGGUUUCCCUGAUAACUCUGGAAAUUUUAUUCUUCCUAAAGCUAUUCGAGCAUCUUCUUCUUAUUUAGAUGAAGGAGGGAUUUAUUUAAUGAUAAAUGGAAACAAUGCUGUUUUAUGGUUCCAUAAUUAUGUAUCACCAAAAUUAUUAAAAGAUCUUUAUGGAGAUGAUAUUUCUCAACUUUCAGAUAUAAACCCUCGAUCUACUUAUCUUCCAAAUUUAAAUACUCGGUUUUCUAUUCAGGUUCGAAAUAUUCUUUUUUAUUUUAAUUCUUUUUAUCCUGGAAAAACAUUAACAGCAUACGUUUCUCGACAAGGACAUGAUGAAUCUGCUCAUGAAUUUAUGGCGCAACUUGUAGAAGAUAAACAAUGCAAUUCUACAUCUUAUGUCGAUUUUCUAUGUUAUAUUCAUAGACAAAUUCAACUUGAAUUAUCAGGAAGCCGCCGUAUUUAUGAUUUCAAAGAAGAUCUGUUUAGAUCUUGGCAAGGACGAAUAUAA